UUGAAAUGGACAAGUUCAUAGUUUUUAUGUAAUUUUUUUUAAGUGUUUUUGUUUUGGUAAUAUCGUGACGUGAAUGUGGUGCUUGCGAAACAAUAAUCAUGGAUAAAGCGCUUGUGAUAUUCAUCCUCUUGGCAAAUUUGUUAGCAACCAAUUGUCAAGAAGGGGAAUUUGUAGAAGAUAUCAUAGAAGAGGCGUCGGACAAAGGAAAAGCGGCCUACUCGUUCAGCUAUGGAGUGGCUGAUGGCAAAACUGGAGACGUGAAGAGCGUAUGGGAGUCAAGAAAUGGUGACACUGUUAAAGGUCACUACAGUGUAGUCGAACCAGAUGGCUCCACAAGAACUGUAGAAUAUUCUGCAGGACCGAAUACAGGGUUUCAAGCUGUUGUAAACAAUGAAAACCAAAGAUUCGAUUCUGAAGAAAUAGGACGGAGUAUGCUUGAAGAGAAAGCCAUGAGAGACUAUGAUAAGUACUACGACUUUUCAGAAGACGCGGACGAAGACUAUUACGAGAGGAAAAGACCCAAAAGGCCGAUAGAACCACCACGCAAGGAAUAUUCGCAUAAGAAAAGGACAAAGUACCCAUCAUAUUCUGACCAGCCGUUAGACUCCGAGCCAAGCGAAUACACACACAGUAUUUCAAUUAAGCAUCCGCGCGAUGAUCCAUCAGAAUUUGAACCACAAAGUCACGUCGGAUAUAGUUCCGACCCGAAUUGCAAAACCAAAACUAGAAAGGAAAGUUACGAUAAUAGAGACAAUUUGUAUUCAAACAUCGUUGAUCUAGAAUUGAAUAAAAAGUAUCCGACAUUUCCCCCAGAUUCUUAUAGAGAUAGUUACGACAAAUACGCCGAACCAAGUUACGACUUUGAUCGAUACGUAACAAAGCAUUAUGGCAGUGGUAAUUUCAAGGGGCACAAAUACGACGAUAUAGGGGUGAAGCCUUCUGCAUCAGUGAAAUAUACGUUUCCAGUGAUACCUGAUGUGCCUCCUCCAGAAAAGUAUUACCCCGACGAGCCUCCAUCCCGACCAAAGAAGAAGAGGCCUCAUAAGCCCAGAGAGCCAGAGCGCUUCCCUAGCGAGGAUUUAAGUGACUAUGUUUUAGUUCCUAAGAAGAAACUGAAGAACCCUACGCCUACUGUGGACCCCUACGAUUACAGGGUGCCUGAAGACGAUUACGAGCGUCCGCAGUUUUCAAGUAACUACGACGAUACAUCACAGGAUGACAGGUACCCUAGUUCCACUCGAGGGACGGGACCGAAAGAGGUUGUACGAAAAAUCGUCAAGAAACGAAAACCUGUCAUAAACCUGUUAGAUAUGUUCGAUAUUUAAGUUAUUUGUUAUAAAUACAAAUUAGAUUAUUUUAUACUUGUGUAACUAUUCAGGCCAAAGCCGUGAUAGAUUGUAAGAUUUAAGUAUUGAUAGGUUUAUAGUAUAUUGAUAUUGAAACAGACUGAAGUGAAUUAACCAAAUAUUUAUUGUUAUUCGUAACAAGUGAUUUUUUCGCUUUAAGUCGUCGUUGAAUAGGACUAAAUUUGGAACCAAAGUUCACUAAACUAAUUGACUGAAACAUUUUUUGUAAAUUAAAAUGCAUUUUAAUUAUA